GCAAGAACGCAAGUACGGACAAGUACGUGAGUCGGAGGUCGAUUAGCCGGGCUGCUGUGUUAAAGGCGGCUCGUGGCUCGAUUGUUCGUGCCUGUGUUUAGCAGCUGCUGCGUGGAUGUGAGCUCGUGUGUUCGCUGCUUGUUGACCCACUUUAACCUGGUGUAGUUUAGUUAGUUACCGGUGAAGUGGCCAUGAUGGCGGCCGACUCAGUGAAACUGUCCAGAAACCUGCUCCGGAUGAAGCUGCUGGACCAUGUGACCGUUCAGGGAUCAAUGAAUCUGAUCUCGUCAGGACAGUCACUGGUUGAUGUGUUGGUGGAUUCAUCCUUCAGGGACUCCAGAUGUGCAGCAAACCAACAAGUUCAAGUCAGAGUAGCUCCGAGCUGCUGGCUGAACCUGAUCAUCGAGGAGAGGAGUUUUGUUCCCUGUGAAGAUCUGAGGUUCGGUCGCGUUUCCUUCAAAGGCUUUAAUCCUGAAGUCGAGAAACUGAUGGUUCUGAUGAAUCCUAAAGAGGAAAAGGAGGAACGGGACGAAGAAGACGAGAGACGAAUGCAGACGGACGUCACCGAUGAAGAAAUGGCUUUAAGGUACGAGAGUUUGGUCGGCAGCAUGAAGAAGAAGUUUGCAAAGAAGCGCGAACGAGCAGCGAUGGACGAAGACGAGAACCAGAACGUCGUGGAAACGGAACCCAAGAGAGUUUUUCUGAAACCUCAGGACUGAACUUUGGAGACGUGUUUUAUGGAAAAGACUCAAAAACCUUUUUUAUGUCUUUGUUUGGAGAAACUGUUUGAGCAGCGGAUGUUUUAAACCACUGUGGAUGUUGUUGUUCGUCCUCAUGAGUGUCUGAUGCCGAACGUUAUGAACAAAUGUUUUACAGAAUCCAUUAAAUGAGCCGCUCAGAGGCUGUCAUUUUA